AAGCUAUUAAAUUGGACUGCAGUGAGAGUUUUCCUUGCAAAGACAUUAAAAUGGAAAAUGUUCACUUCACAUACUAUAAAAACCAAGGCCAUACCAAAGCUGUGUGCCAAAAUGUGGAAUUCACUCGUUUUAGAGAUGUUAUUCCAAGCUGUGAUUCUGAUACCAUUGACCACCAAAAGCCUCAGCCACAGACACAGCCAAAGCCUCAACCGAAGCCUCAACCUAAGCCUCAGCCAAAGCCUCAACCUCAACCUCAACCGAAGCCUCAGCCAAAGCCUCAGCCUAAGCCUAAGCCUCGAUCUCACCCAAUGCCAAGGCCUGUGCCAGUUCAAAAACGAGGAGUUAUUAAUGUUGAUGAUUUUGGAGCAAAAGGAAGGGGCCAAGAUGACACGAUGGCAUUUGAGAAGGCAUGGCAGAAGGCUUGUUCAUCUAAUGUUCCUAUUGUACUAGUGGUGCCUUCUCAAAACACCUAUCUUGUUAAGCCAAUUGUGUUCCGCGGUCCAUGCAAAUCCAAAGUUACAGUUCAGAUUGAUGGGACUAUAGAAGCACCCUCCGAUCCAUCAGACUACAAUGGACACGAAAGCAACUGGCUUAUGUUUGAAAAUAUUAAUGAUUUAGUAGUCCAAGGUGGUGGAACCAUUAACGGUAAUGGAAAUUCUUGGUGGAAGCUCUCCUGCAACAUUGAUACAUCACUCCCAUGCAAGCCAGCACCAACCGGUUUAACUUUUUCAAAUUGUAACAACUUGGUGGUGAGAGAUUUACAUGUAAAAGACUGCCAACAAAUGCAAGUCAUGUUUGUGAAUUGCAACACAGUCAUGGCUUUCAAUCUCACAGUCACUGCACCAGGCGAUAGUCCCAACACUGAUGGAAUCCAUGUAACACGUUGUGUGAACAUGGACAUCUCUAACUCUGUCAUUGGAACAGGUGAUGAUUGCAUAUCUAUCGUAAGCGGAUCCCGAAAUGUUACAGCCACAGACAUAACCUGUGGACCUGGUCACGGAAUCAGUAUUGGAAGUUUGGGAGCUGGACAUGCAGAAGCUCAUGUUUCUGAUAUAUUCGUCCGCAGAGCUAAAUUUUACGAAACCACUAAUGGAGUUCGAAUUAAAACUUGGCAGGGAGGUAAAGGAGAUGCGAGAAAUAUAAAAUUUCAAGACAUAGAGAUGCAUAAUGUGCAGAACCCAAUCAUAAUCGAUCAAAAUUAUUGUGAUCGUCGUAGAAUGGUCUGCAAACAAGAGGAAUCUACUGUUCAAGUGAGUGAUGUGUUGUACCAAAACAUUAAAGGUACAAGUGCCUCUCAAGUUGCCAUAAUGUUCGAUUGUAGUCAGAGUCAUGAAUGUGAAAAUAUUAUAUUACAAGAUGUCGAGCUACAACUACCCCAACAUAGAGCACAUGCUGAAGCUUUGUGCAACAAUGUGGACCUCACUCAUAUUGGACGUGUUACUCCUCUGUGUCCAAAUUAGGAUUAUUAGUCAUUAAUUUUAUUUUUUUAUUCGUUUGUAUCUUAGUUUUCAUUUGGUUCUUUAUUUUUAAACACAUGAUC